GUGGUUUUAGAGUCGGAGAAAUCCCAACAUGCAAGUCGACAAGGUAUAUUGAAAAAACGUUUAUCGAUGGAAGAAGUCACAAAUAUACAACAAUCAGAAACCAGGGGACGUCGGAGUUCUUUGGAUAUCACUGCCAGAUCUUCAGGACAUCAUCAUCAUCAUCAUCAUGGUAUUUUGAAGAGAAAAACCAGCAGGAGCGAGGAUGAAGAUUUUAAUUAUACUGUUGAAGAUUAUGCAGGGGACUCACCACCUCACGGUAUUCUCAAAGGUGGUGUAUCAACUGAAGAUUGUUGCGGAGUAAUGCGUCCAAUUUUAAAAAGACGAAGCCACUCCGAAGACCACAGGGACAAAUCCAGGGAUUCUUCGCCUGAACCCCAUCAUGGAAUUUUGAAAAAAGCCAGUGACCAUUCAGGAGGCUUGUCCUACUCCGAAGGUUGUCUCCAGUACCAGCUCAACCAAUCCUUCGACCCGGUCAAACCAAUUCUGAAAAAAAGACCUAUUUUGAAGUCCAGGAACUCGUCCAGGAGGGAUUCUCCGAAAAGGGGAUUUGUGGAAGGUGCAGCUCUUCCUCAGGAUCUUGCUGCAGCUUUAAAUGAAGUUGUCCAGAGACGAAGUACUGGUGGAGGUAGUUCUUCGGGAAAUUUGCAGAGGACCAAAUCUGCAGCUGCUGCUGAUUCUGAGUUGGCGAGCAUUUUGAUGAAGAGACGGAGCAUGACUGAUGAACAAGGGCCUCUGAUUGCUGUCGACAACCACAAUCAUCAAAACGUAGACAACGAGACAUCUACAUCCAGAAAUAAUUCAUCGUCUCCUACACCAGUUACUGAAAGUAUUGCUGAAAGAAUCUCCAGGUUAGUCGGAGGUGCUUCCAGUGGUUUGGAAAAUGGCUCUGGAGGUGCUGUACCGAGGAGAAGAGCUGCCGAUAGAUUCAGGACACAACCUGUUACCUUUAAUGAGAUGGUGGCAUUAAACGAGCUGAAUGCUUAUAAAGAAGUCCAAGGAAAGGUGAAAAAUUGGUCGGAUAUGGAUGCUGGAAAAUCCCAGGAAAAUGUCAACAAAACUGACCCAGAAUCUGAUGAUAAUGACGAGUCGACGAGUCAAU